AUGUCUUUUUCAUCAAUCCUUUUUCUUUCUUUCUUUCUUUCUUUCUUCCUUUCUUUCUUUCUUUUUUUUCCUUUCUUUCCUCUUUUCUUUUCCUGUUUCUUUUUAUCAAUCCUUUCUUUCUUUCUUUCUUUGUAUUUUCGUCAAUUCUUUCUUUCUUUCUUUCUUUCUUUCUUUCUUUCUUUCUUUCUUUCUUUCCAUGUUCAAUCUAGUUCUUCCUUUGUUUCCUCUUCUUUUCCUGCUUCUUUUUAUCAAUCCUUUCUUUCUUUCUUUCCUUGUUUUUACUUCAUCAACCUUUUUCCUUCCUUCCUUCCUUCAUUCCUUCAAUCCAUUUCUUUCUUUCUUUUCUUUCUGUCAUUCCUUGAUUUUCCAUCAAUCCUUUUCUUUCUUUCUUUCUUUCUUUCUUUCUUUCUUUCUUUCUUUCUUUCUUUCUUUAUCAAUUCUUUUCUUUCUCAUUCAAUCCUUUUUUCAUCAAUCCUUUUCUUACUUUCUCUGUUUUUUUCAUCAAUCCUUUUCUUUCUUUGUCAGUUUUUUUUCAUCAAUCCUUUUCUUUCUUUCUUUCUUUCUUUCUUUCUUUCUUCUUUCUUUCUAUUUCCCUGUUUUUCUUCAUCAAUCCUUUUCUUUCUUUCUUUCUUUUUCCUUGUCUUUUCUUCAUUAAUCCUUUUCUUUUUUCUUUCUUUCUUUUUUCUUUCAUCAAUCUUUUUCUUUCUUUCCCUGUUUUUUUCAUCAAUCCUUUUCUUUCUUUCACCUUCCCACUCGUAUAUACCCUAA